UAAAAAAAAAAAUAAAAAGACCAACAACUCACUCAGGGCAAACCCCAUAUCAGUUCUACACAACACCCUAGCUACCAAUUCAUUCAUCUGCGACUCCAAAAUGGGAGGUGGUGAAGAAAAGCAUCUCGAAGACUGUUCUGUUUCCAAUGCAUUGGGCACAUGGGUAUUCUCGGUAGCCGGAGCUUUGCUGGCGAUUCCAGUAGGGAUAAAGCGCAAAUCUCUGGCACCUCUUGUAUUUUUUGGCACCACCGGUACAAUGCUGGAUAUUAUUAUGGGAAUUACUGCGUGUGAAAGGGAACAUGCCGAGCGACAAAUGCAGCUACUUGAAGCUCAAAAUGCUGCAGCUGAAACUUCAUUGGAGGAGACACAUACUGAUUCAUGAUGUUAUCGAUGUUGUCAAAUUUGUUUGGUCAUGUAAUUGUAACAAACUAAAUGCAAUUUUCUGGUAGCCUGACCUAAUGUGCUUUCAAUUUAUGCUUGUUGUUGCCCUUUAUCCUCCAACAGUGUAACCAAAAAGGUGAAUAACCGAAUGAGAGUUUUUCUUAGUUUAUUUAUUUGUAGAGAUUUCAGAAA